AGAACAGCCAAGAGCAGCAAGUCGUUUGUUCGCAGCAGUGUCAUGGCGGCGACGCGCAGCUUGCGGGUUUCGGUGAAAUCAGACAGCGGCUCUGACCACUCCGAGUCCGAGUCGGACUCCGAGUCCGACAGAGGUGCCCGUGAGCCCGAACCUAUGGAGGUGGAGGAAGGGGAGCUGGCGACUGAAGACAUCUCCAGCAACCGGUCCCUGAAUGAUUUGCUGCCGGACACAAGCAGGCGCUACGAGAACAAAGCUGGAGCGUUCAUCACCGGGAUUGACGUCAAUUCAAAGGAGGCCAUCGAGAGGAAAGAGAAGCGAGCGAGGCGUUUCCACUUCCACGGGGAGGUGAAUGCCACUCAGCGCAACAUAUUCCUGGAUAAAGAUGCAGUAAAGAAAGCCAUCCCCAAAGUGCGCAUGGAGGCUGUCCACAUCAUGGGUGUCGAUGACAUGAGCACUCAGGACGUCUUUGGCUACUUUAAGGAAUAUCCCCCCGCGCACAUUGAGUGGAUUGACGACACUUCUUGCAAUGUGGUUUGGCUGGACGACAACACGGCCAUCCGAGCCUUCAUCAACACCAGCCGCAUGCCAGACCCACACACUGCUGUUGUGACAGAUUCGGAGAGCACCACCCAGCUGGGCAAGCACAGAAAAAGUCGUCUGAGUCAGGGGUCAGAUGACGAUGAUGACGAAGAAGAGGGCGAGGUGGAUGAGGAGGUGAAGAAGACCAGCGAGGAGAGCGCGAAACACAGUGAUGGGGAAGAGGAGCACACGACAAAGGGGUACGACCUUUCGCGGGCCGAGAGAGAGUCUCUUCUGAGGAAUGAGCCACGUCCUGCCAUCAAAGCCUUCAAAGGAAACAAGCUCCUUCUUCGCUUUGCCACUGAAGAUGACAAGAAGGAGCUGGGUGUCGCCCGGCGCAGUCGGUACUACAUGAAGUACGGAAACCCGAACUAUGGAGGCAUGAAGGGGAUUCUCAGCAACUCCUGGAAGAGGAGGUUUCAUAACCGACGGAUGCACCGAGAUGUCAAAAGCAAGAAGCCUCUGAUUGGAGACAGCAUGGGACACACGCCACCAUACACACACCGACACUCUGCUGACCUGGUCAACCUGCCAGAGGAGCCCAUCAAGGAGGAGGAGGAAGAAGACGAGGAGGACAACGGUGAUGAAGACAUGGACUCGGAUGACCGGGUGGUGGAAUUCAAAGAAAAAGGAGACAAGGGCGUUUCAUCCUCACGGCCUCCACUGGCGGGGCCCCGAAGGAGGCUCGAACGCUCGCCAUCUCCAUGGUCUGAAUCGGACGAGAUGGACUACGACCUGGAGCUGAAGAUGAUCUCCACUCCCUCGCCAAAGAAGAGCAAGAAGAUGACAAUGUACGCGGAUGAGCUGGAGGCGCAGCUGAAGAGCAUCAGCAGAAACAGGGUGGGAGAGUCGGCAUCACAAAGCCGGGCCAAGUCACCAUCACCCAGCAAGGUGACUGACGUGCGGCAGCUACUCGAGGAGAAAAGACAGGGGCUAUCUCAUCACAGGCAACAAUCCCAUGUAGUCAACAGCGGGAAGACAGAUGUCCGACAGCGGCUUGGGAAGAGGCGAUACUCAGCCGAAAGGGGACGCUCUCAAUCGCCUGUCUCACCAAGAGACACCCCUACCCCCGCCAGAGAACCAAUCAGUGACGUGCAUCGCCGACUCGGCGUUGUCAGUCGAGAAAGAGGCAGCUCUUCGAAGUCAUCCAAAGACAGAAAGACAAGCAGCCUCUGGAGUCGACUGGGCGACAAAGAGGAAAAGACGGGAAGUCGGGAGCGCGGGCCGACUGGCGGGUCAUCAGGACUGUUCUCGUCCUCACGGCGCAGCGGGAGACGCAAAGGUAACACAGUGGAGGAGGAGGGUGAGGGUGAGGAAGAGGAUGACUCUGCGCUGCAGAAGGUGUGGGGCGCCAUGAUUAAGCAGAAACAGGAGCGUCUCAGCCACAAGAUGAAGAAGAGCCGGCUAGACAAUCUGCCGUCGCUACAGAUCGAGAUCAGCCGAGACAGCAGCGAGGACUCGGAUGUUUGAGACGAAUAUACUUUUUCCACAAUCGUCGGAAUUUCAUUUUUGACACAUAGUCAGUCGUGUUCAUGGAUGGAUUAUUGAGAGGAUCUACUUGGCAUAUGCUUUGGACUCUGCGAUUGCACUUGCAACUGCCCCCCUUUGGCUCAACUGUGUCACAUCCUUUCUUUUAAUACAAAACAUCCAAAAGUU